CGGCGUGCUUUAAAAAGAAAAAGAAGUAAUCUAGCAAAGGCCUGAAGGAUGGUUCCACGUCCGAUGGUUUCAGGUCCGCAGGGAGGUGCUUACCUUCCAGAAGUUUACUUUCCAGCAGAAACACCGAGCGAAUUUGAUAGCUCAGUGACGGAUAUAUACAGCACCCAAACAGCCGAUGCGUCUGAGGCCACUGUUGAAUCCGAGAAAUGGGAGGAUGACAUGCGGAUCGUGAUAGUCGUGUGCUGCGUGGUCUGCCUGCUGCUGCUGGUGCCAUUUCUCUACUUUACGUUCAAAUUCACUGAUCAGGAGCCGCCUGACGGUACCGACGCCAUAGGAGGGCCAUAUAGCGACGUACAGCGCAAUCCACCCAAGAAACAGAGCACCACUAGUGAGUCCACGUUAACGCCGGCCUCAACAACAACGCCGGCCUCAACAACAACGCCAUCAACGACCACGUACAGACCAUUCGAUCCAAGCUACCAAAAGAAAAACGUCACCGGACUGCUGUGCCAGACAGGAGCAGCCGAGUUCCUGUCCGUGCAGCCACCAGACACCUGCGACUUUUUCAUUGUGAAGUUCGCCACAAAACCGGCGCAGCCUCACCCGGUUCACUCGUACAUGGCCACGGUCGAAAUCACUCCCGGGGUCCAGCAGGUGGUGGAAAAGAUUCGCGUUGCUGCCAAAGGUGCCUUGCUCCUGCUCGUCCAACGCAGCGUGUUGCACUCUUUCUCGCCUGACAGUGGGCUCGAUCCGCGCGCCGUGGUGCGUGGCCUGGUGCAGCUAGUGGUGGACACGCACGCCCAUGGCGUUGUGCUUGGCGACGAGCACCUCCUCCAAAGCGACGUGAAGCAAGUGUUGAAGGACGUGAACGAGCUAUCGGCCGAAAUCUACCCCUACCAUGGGCUCGUCAGAUACGACAAGUACAGUGGAAAACGGGCUGAACUGCGUUCACUGUUGGCUCACGUAGCAAAGUACGACCACAAGCCGCAUAUAACAUUCGUGUUCCGUGUAUCUGGCCUCAGCCGCACCUUCACGCAUCCUUACUUCAGCAACUUUUACCUGGAGAACUUAAAUCAACAAAAUUUAAGCUUGAUUAUCGAGGAAGACGUGGCGCAGCCGCUUAUGGCAGUUGGCGGUCGCAAAUCUGUGGCCCUGUCAAUGAGUCUGAUGGCCAGGAGCUGUCCAGAGAACACCAUAAUCAAGGCCGACACCACGAGCCAAUGUAGCGACAUGCCACUGAACAUGACUCGAAUCUGCGCGAUAUUCCCCGGCUUACUCCAAGCCAACCACUGGUCAAUAAUGACACGGCGCUACAAUGGCGCGCACGACGAUGACCUCACGAAAGACGUGUUUUUCGAGACCGACGAAACAUUUUCAGCUAAGGCCUACGCGAUGGCGAAACAAAUAAAGCAGAGCGGCGCCGACCCGCUCACGUUUAUCAUCGAGAGGUACGACCUGGAGCCUCAACGAGAGAUCUACUACAAACAUCCAGACAAAAACGAUCGCGUGCUUUGCGAGGCCAAAGCGUUUGGCUUCACGAACAAGACGAAAGCGAAGCUCAUGAGCCUGUGAUGUAGAGACCAACAGGCGUAUACCCCAGCGCUUGAUUCCAGAAACUGGCACUUCUGUCGGUGACUACAGUACUUAUAGUAUUAUUACGCCCGCAUUUUCGUGUUGGCCUGUGUAAUAGUUGUCUUCUCCUUAUGUUGGCUGUGUAGAAGCGUCGAGUUGUGACACUCAGAUUAUAAAG